AUGACUCAAAGUUCUCCACCUGUUGAAAACAAAACGAAUGCUAAAAAUAAUACUGAUGAUACCAAAACUAACCGAUUUGAAGACAUUAUAACAAUUAAUGAUUCUACCGAACAACCAACAGUUAAAACAACAACAUACAAAGCAUAUUUUUGUAAUACAUCUUCUGUAUUUUACAUGGAAAAUGUUUGUAACAAUUCUUCAACCUUGGGAAUUGAUUUGUCUGACAGAGGUUUAACAUCUCUCCCACAAGGAGUAUUUAAUGAAUUAAUAUCUCUACGUCGUUUAAAAUUACAUUCAAACAAACUGUCAAGUCUUGAAAAUAAUACUUUCAAUAGCUUGUCCAAACUAGAACAUUUAGAUAUCAGUUAUAAUAGUUUAAUAUCUGUUCCACAAGAAAUAUUCAAUGGAUUGAUAUCUCUAAAUCGGUUGACUUUGGCAUCAAAUCAAUUGACAAGUCUUAAGCCUGAUAUUUUUAAUAACUUGUCAAAUAUGACAUAUUUACAUAUCGAUGAUAAUAAUUUAACAUCUCUUCCACAAGAAAUAUUCAAUAGAUUGAUAUCUCUACGAGGUUUAAAAUUAAAUUCAAAUAAACUGAUCAGUCUGGAGCAUAACACUUUUAAUAGCUUGUCCAAGCUUGAAUUUUUAUAUAUCAGUAAUAAUAGCUUAACAUCUCUUCCACAAGGAAUAUUUGAUGGAUUGAAAUCUCUAACUUUGUUGGAUUUAGAAUUUAAUAAACUGUCGAGUCUUGAAAAUAAUACUUUUGAUAGCUUGUCCAAACUUCAAACUUUAUAUAUCAGUAAUAAUAAUUUAACAUUUCUUCCACAAGGAAUAUUUAAUGAAUUGCAGUCUCUAGAAUCGUUGGAUUUAUCAUCAAAUAAACUUACAAGUCUUAAACCUGAUAUUUUUAAUAGCUUGUUUAAACUCACUCAUUUAUACAUCACAAAAAAUAACUUAACAUCCCUUGAACAUGAAUUAUUCAAUGAAUUAAAAUCUUUAAUUUUUUUACAUUUGCGAUCCAACAAAUUGACAAGUCUUCCGUCUAAUAUUUUCAAUGAGUUGAUUCAUCUUAUCGAUUUAGAUAUUGGUAAUAAUGAUUUAACAUCUCUCCCACAAAAUAUAUUUAGUGAAUUGAAAUCUCUACGUCGGUUGAAAUUAGAUACAAAUAAACUGACCAGUCUAGAGCUUAAUACCUUUCAUAAUUUGUACAAACUUGAAAUUUUAUCUAUUAGUAAUAAUAAUUUAACAACUCUUCCACAAGGAAUAAUUGAUGAAGAGGAAUCUAAUAUUUUCGAUGACUUGAUAAAUCUUAAAGUUUUAGAUAUUCAUAAUAAUAAUCUAACAGAUCUUCCAACUUAUAUUUUCUUUGAAAACUAUGCUCUUCAAUUUUUAUGUUUACAAUCAAACAAUCUCAAUGAAUUGAAGCCUGAAGUUUUCGAUGACGUAAUGCAGCUUCAUUUGCUCAAUAUUGAAGAUAAUAAAUUCAGCCUUACAGACGAUGAUAAAAAAUUAAUUUUAAACAAUAUGCAACAGCAAAGUUACGAUGAAUCUACUCCAUAUAAUAUUAUUAGAAACGAACAGUGCCCUUUAUCACUGGAAUAUGAAAUACAAAUUGGUUCAUUUCAUUUCAAUAUUCGUAUACCUUAA